CGGACCGCGCUGCCCUCUGUCAGCGGGGCGGCAUUCUCAGCUUGAACGCUCUUCACUCUGCUCUUCCAGCCAGUGAAUUCCCAGGGCUUAUGCCUGCGUGGUUUUGCCCCCUCUACAGAUAGCUGCAUGCUGCUGCCCGGCACACAGCUGGUUCGCCGGCCUCUCCGCUGCCUCCGUGCUUGGGGCCACCUGCCCUCACGCUCCCUCAUGAACCUCGGGGAGCUCGUUUCUGCCCUCAAUGACUUUGCAUCCCUCUCCCUGGCUGAAAGCUGGGACAAUGUGGGGCUGCUGGUGGAACCAAGCCCUCCCCACACUGUGAAGACCCUUUUCCUCACUAACGAUCUCACCGAGGAGGUGAUGGAAGAAGCAGUGCACAAGGCGGCAGACCUCAUUCUUUCUUACCACCCUCCUGUAUUCACACCACUCAAGCGAGUAACAUGGAAGACCUGGAAGGAACGGCUGGUGGUCCGAGCCCUGGAGCACAGAAUCGGAAUUUACUCUCCGCAUACGGCGUAUGAUGCCAUACCUCAUGGAGUCAAUAACUGGCUAACAAAGGGACUUGGUGCCUGUACUUCUGUCCCACUGCAUCCAUCAACUGCACCGAGCUAUCCAGCAGAGGGCACUCACCGGGUAGAAUUCUGUGCAGACAACCCUGAGCAUCUGGACACAGUGAUGUCCAAAAUCAAAGACAUCCCAGAGAUCUCCUGUCUAACUACUCUCCUUGCCAGGGUUGAAGGUGAGGAGCAAACACGAGUGAGUUUGAACUGCUCUCAGACAGCACUGGUGGAGGUGGUGGCAUUAUUGUCUCAGAACAGCCUUCUUUAUCACAAGACCGAGAUUGUCUUACUACAGAAGCCUCUUCUUCCCCAUACCGGAAUGGGACGUCUGUGCACACUGAGCGAACCGGUCUCUUUGUCAGACAUAAUUGAGCGUAUCAAAAGCCACCUAAAAUUACCCCACAUCCGCUUAGCUGUGGGAAUGGGCAAGACACUAGAAUCCCCAGUGAAGAAAGCUGCUCUCUGUGCUGGGUCUGGGAGCAGCAUCCUGAAGGGAGUGGAAGCUGACCUCUAUCUCACAGAUGGUGUGUUGUCUCCUGCAGCCAUCCUCUUGGCCUGGAUGGGCAUCUGGUAGCCUACCAAAAUUCUUAGCGGGUAACUCUGAACUCAGGAUGAUUAUAGCACUUUAUUAAAACAAAUUUCACAUCUAGAAAACUAGAUGUAAUUGCACUGAAAAUGCACCAUGGUAUCACUAUCUGUGAACGUUAGGUAGUGUCUUCCACAUGGACUCAGAAGAUAAAUUAAAUCUUGAGUUUCAUAGGAAGUGUGGAGAGAGUCAAAGGGCUGCAAAACAGGAUGUGGUUGCUGGUUAGCUACAAUAAUUGUUCCAAAAAUGCAUCACUUCGAGUGGCAGAGUUCUUUUUGUUGAACUCUACACCUAACUUAUAGAACUUGGGUAAGACACAAUGCCUUGGUCCUAGUUUUAGUGAUUCUGAUGGUAGCCCAAGUAGUCUUGGGCAGGGUCUGAGGCAUUUUGCAAAGUUUUGGAAUUGCAGCCUGUAAAAUGCAGAUGCAGGUGCUACCAAAAGUGAAUGUCAGUUGGAAAAUGUUCUUGGGGUGGGGAAGCUGGAGAGUACUGCUGGCAUGUAACUGUUUUCCCCAUCAGACUCUACAGCAAAAAUUAAGUCCUAUAUUUGAAGAAUCAAAUUGUCAGUGGGUUAAGUAGAUAACCCCACUUUUUCAAUACAAACAAAAGUCAGACUGUAAACCUCUGUUGCUUCUGUCAGUGAGGAGUAGAGCAGGUAACUAUUAUUCCAUGUGAUGUUUUGGUUCCCUUCAAAAGCUAUAUACUGAUAUUAAAAGGCAGGCAAACUAUUUUUAAU